CUGUCCGACGCCGGGAAGGCCUUCUCCAUCUUCUACGCCCUGCUGGGCGUGCCGCUCACCAUGCUGGUGCUCACGGCCUGCGUGCAGCGGCUGAUGGCGCCCCUGGUGGCGGCGCCGCUGGGCCUCCUGCAGCACGCCGGGCUGGAGCCGCGCCCGGCCGCCGCCCUGCACUUCCUGCUGCUGCUGCUGCUGGUGGUGCUGGGCUUCUUCGUGGCGCCGGCCGCCGUCUUCAGCGCGCUGGAGCCCGGCUGGUCCUUCCUGGACGGCGUCUACUUCUGCUUCGUCUCGCUGUGCACCAUCGGCCUGGGCGACUUCGUGCCCGCCACGCAGCCCGGGCAGAAGCUCCGGGCCCUGUACCAGACCGCCGUCAUGGGUUACCUGUUCGUGGGGCUGAUGAUGAUGUACCUGCUGCUGCGCUCCUUCCACAAGAUGGCCGACCUGCACGGCCUGACGGCGCUGCUGCAGCUGCCGCGCUGCGAGGAGUCCGACCUGGACGAGGACCGCCAGCCCAUCGUGGACCCGCCCCCGCCGCCGCCACCCGCCGCCGCCGGGGGCAAGGCCGCCGCCCGCCCGCUGGACCCGGGCCGCCAGCCGUCCUACAACAGCAUCAGCAAGGGCUGA